AUGCCGCUGCCGCUGCACCCCUGCUGCGCCGCCAUGGCCACCACCGCCGGCAGCUGCAGCGCAUCCUCCGCCCCGCCGUCCCGCUACCUCGGCUGCGGCCCCGGCCAGGGCCGGCUCCGCCUCGCCCCCGCCGCCGGCCGGCGCAAUAGCCCGCUCCUCCGCUGCUCCGCGUCCGGCGGUGACGGCGGCGGCGGGACCGACAAGGUUCUUGAGGAGCAGAGGAAGCGCCGGGCCGAGCUCACCGCCCGCAUUUCCUCCGGCGAGUUCACCGCCCAGGGCCCCGGAUGGCUCGCGCCCGUCGCGGCGAGGCUGGCCAAGCUGGGCCCGCCCGGGGAGCUCGCGGCCGGGCUGCUCACCAAGGUAGCGGGCGGCGGCGCGCGCAGGGGCCCGGAGCUGCCGCAGGCCGUCGGGUCGCUGGCUUCCGUCGCCGGGGAGGCCUUCUUCCUGCCGCUCUACGACCUCUUCCUCACCUACGGCGGCGUCUUCCGCCUCAACUUCGGGCCCAAGUCUUUCCUCAUCGUCUCUGAUCCGGAUGUAGCUAAGCAUAUCCUCAGGGACAACUCCAAGGCUUAUUCCAAGGGUAUCCUUGCGGAAAUACUGGAGUUUGUGAUGGGCACAGGUCUGAUCCCGGCUGAUGGGGAGGUCUGGCGUGUUCGACGGCGUGCCAUUGUACCAGCAUUGCAUCAGAAGUACGUGACAGCGAUGAUAGGUCUCUUUGGAAACGCUUCAGACCGGCUCUGCCAGAAGCUCGACAAGGCUGCUUCGGACGGGGAGGAUGUGGAGAUGGAGUCUCUCUUCUCCCGACUAACGCUGGAUGUCAUCGGGAAGGCGGUGUUCAAUUAUGAUUUUGAUUCAUUAUCUUACGAUAAUGGAAUAGUUGAGGCUGUGUAUGUAACACUGCGGGAAGCAGAAAUGCGGAGUACAUCUCCUAUUCCAACUUGGGAAAUACCCAUAUGGAAAGACAUCUCCCCUCGGCAGAGGAAGGUCAAUGAAGCGCUUGCACUGAUAAAUAAUAUUCUCGAUGAACUAAUUGCUACGUGCAAGAGGAUGGUAGAUGAAGAAGAUCUGCAGUUUCAUGAGGAAUACAUGAAUGAGAAAGACCCUAGUAUUCUUCACUUUCUAUUGGCAUCUGGAGAUGAUGUGUCCAGCAAGCAGCUCCGUGAUGACCUGAUGACAAUGCUCAUAGCUGGCCAUGAGACCUCUGCAGCAGUCUUGACAUGGACAUUUUAUCUUCUAUCUAAGUAUCCCAACGUAAUGUCCAAGCUCCAAGCUGAGGCUGAUGCUGUUCUAGGAGAUGGUCUGCCAACAAUUGAUGAUGUGAAGAAACUGAAGUAUACUACUCGAGUUAUUAAUGAAUCUUUGAGACUAUACCCGCAGCCGCCAGUUUUAAUUCGCCGCUCCCUUGAGGAUGAUAUGCUAGGAGAGUACCCGAUCGGCAAGGGAGAAGAUAUUUUUAUAUCCAUCUGGAACCUUCAUCGCUGCCCAAAGCAUUGGGAUGACGCGGAUGUUUUCAAUCCGGAAAGGUGGCCUUUGGACGGACCGAAUCCAAAUGAGACAAACCAAAAAUUCAGUUACUUGCCAUUUGGUGGCGGACCAAGGAAAUGUGUAGGUGAUAUGUUUGCUACUUUUGAGACUGUGGUAGCAACAGCAAUGCUUGUCAAGCGAUUUGAUUUUCAGAUGGCUCCAGGAGCACCUCCGGUCGAGAUGACAACCGGAGCAACGAUUCACACAACUAAGGGACUGAACAUGACUGUUACUCGGAGGAUAAAGCCACCUGUAAUUCCAAACUUAGAGAUGAAAAUCGUUUCCGAUUCAGAAGGAAGCACAAGUUCUACUGCGUCAGUGGCUGUUUCUACUGCUAGUAUUGCAUCCGGAGAAGGUCAACAAGUGGAGGUGUCGACAAGUCAAGUGUGAUUUAUCAUUUUUGAUGCUCAGAUUGCAAUGAGAUACAUAAUGAAUACCAAACAGUACAGUACAGAACAGAAUCUUCCUGGCGUGCUUCUUUACAAGGAAAAGCUCUCCUAAAUGCUCCCAGGCAUAUUUUUGCGAUACAGGCUACAAACACUUUUACAUCUAUAGGAUCUGCCUGCUACUCAAAAGUACCGCGGACACACAUAUUUACAGAUCCACAAGUACCGGGCAUGGACUCCUGCGCCUCUAAAACUUCAGCAUGGCCUCCAACGCGCGAAGAACGUCAUCGCGGGUAACUAUACCUGUUAGCAUUGUUUAGAAUAAAUUCCGUUUAGCUUGAAACUUGCUCCAAAUAAUAGUCGAUGUUAAGGGGAUGAUACAGAUCUAGUAGUAUAUAAAAGUCCUUUGCUGCUGGUUU